AUGCUUUCAGAUUGUUGUCUGCAACAAUAUAUCCAAUCUGAGGCCGACAUCCAGACGACACAGAAGUUAAAACAGACGUUUGAAGAAUAUGAACUGGAUUACACCGAAGAGGAAUGUCGUACAAGUCAAGUCAAAAGAAUUCUCAGGAAGAUAUGGCUGACAUUGGAAGAACCAUCGUCAUCGAAAAUAGCUAAGGUUUUCAACUACAUCUUCCUUGCUAUUGUUAUUGUUUCCAUGGUAACAUUUGUGCUGGGUGCACAUCCGUCUUUCAGAGAGGAAAAGUUACCAUAUACUCAUCUGUUGAUGAUAAUUGCAUACAAAGACAUUCGCUUUUUUAAAGAACUCAACUUGCAGAACCCCAAAGAAGUCAUGCUUGGAACAUCACUCCCUAACGAAGCACUGAGGUACAGCGAAAUGUUCACCUCCAUUUUCUUCACCUUUGAACUAAUUUUUCAUUUCAUAUCUUGUCCAAGAAGAUCGAAAUAUUUUCGAUCACCUUUAAACAUCAUUGAUCUUCUCUUGGUGGUUGCCAUGUGGACGACCUUUAUUCUCGAACAAGAUCUGGAGUUUCUGGUGAACCACUAUGAACUGGUGCAAUUUUAUUUAGUGAUAAAAUCCCUGCUCAUUUUGAGGCUAUUUCGGGUGUUCAGACUGAUGAAGGUAUACUCUGGUUUGAGAAUAAUGAUGAUGUCGAUUCGAGCUAGCAUUAGAGACCUUCUUCUUCUGACCUUGACGUUUCUUAUCACUUCACUAUUCUUUGCAAGUUUCAUCUACUAUGCUGAAUUCUACGUGGUAGACACCUUCUCGGAUAUUUUCAUAGGGAUAUGGUGGUCUGUGAUUACAAUGACAACCGUGGGGUACGGAGACAUGUUUCCAAAGUCAACAUUUGGUUACAUUGUUGGAGGGGCGUGUGCUUUCUCUGGGAUGCUUAUAUUGGCCAUGCCUGUAGCCAUCCUCGCUACAAACUUCAGCAAUCUCUACAAUAAAAACAUUCUGCGACAAAUGAAAAAAUCAUUCAUAGAUCGAAAAAGUAAAAGUGUUGACAAAUUACAACUCUCCAGGGUGUCCCCGACAAACAUUGGUGAAAAGCAACCAGUUAAGGUGAAGUGCAACUGGUGAUGCC